AUGCUGGCCCCUGCUAGCUGUCCAUCGACCCUCAACAUGAAUUUGAAUGUUCAAGUCAGUGCGCUGUCGCAAGCGAUCCCGCCUUUGCUCAAGCGCAAACGCUCCGAUUCCUCCAUCACGGAGGCGCCCCCUGCGACAAGGCCGCGAACGGACGACGACUCGUCGACGGUGGCGACUCCAUCAAUCGCGGUCGCAGCCAUCAAGUCAGAGUCCACGCCUGAUGCGACCCUCGGUCGCGCGGCGCCGGCAUCACCGCCCAGCUCGAUAGCGCGAGAGGCAGUACCAGCGCCGAUCAAAACCCCAACGACGAAGGGGCGACCGAGCGCGAACCUCGUGCGUGACACCAUCAACGCUCAGCUCAGUCUUGAGGUUCUCCUCAAGCACAACGAGCUGCGCCUGAUUGACCAGGAGAUUGCCAAGUGUCAAGUCGCCUUGGAACAGCUGCGACGCUGUGCUGAGAUUCCAUACCCGGGAUCGGCAGUCUCCGGGAUAUCAGCCGAUGUGAGCGCGGGCGUGGGUGCCUCGGUGCUGGCGCCUGGAAAUGGGCCGGCACCGAUCUCGCCUGCGCCCUGGGGGGUGACGGAAGGUGCCUAUUCGCGCCAUUAUGCACGAUGGCUUCUUCCAGAUCCUCGAUUCGACGGGGGCGAGUUGGACGGAGCCUCUAGGCCGACGCGCAACGGCAGCUUUGCAGUGCCCGAGGGUCGCUCGACCCGUGGGAAUCCCCUGGACUUUAGCUCGCUGGCGGGCAAGACCCGACCCUCGCGGGCCAUACCCCAGAGCAAGUUCCAGUCCCUGUCCGCCGGGUAUCCCGUACCCAAGGAGAAGCCGGGCCCGAUGAUCAUCCGACGCAAGUCGGAUCAGGUCUGGGUCAAGCUAGUGUGCUUGGACUGUCGGCGCGAUAACUUCUCGAGUACGCAGGGGUUCAUCAAUCACUGUCGGAUCGCCCACAACCGAAACUUUGCUAGUCACGAUGCGGCGGCCAUGGCAUCGGGUGAGCCUGUGGAAGUUGAUGAGGCCGGCGCCGUCAUCGGUACCACUGCCACUAGCACCGCUGCCUCUCCUGUGACCGCCACCCCCCGCGGCGACUCCAUCGCCAGUCAUGUGCCAGCUUCCGGUUUGUCUCCGGUGAAUGGACAGCCCAAGGCUCAGUCUCGUCGUCAGUCCAGAAGUUUCAAGGUGGAGAAGCACCCGUCCUUCUUGGCCUCACCCGCGACGCCUCACUUGUCUGCUCUCAUGAGGGAGCGUGGGCAUGGCCUGGACCUGAACAAGAUGGUACAAGAGGCCAAGACCCCUGUCGACCUCAGUGGUCUCUUUGACGACGACUCGGACCCGGAGUCAGGCAAUCAAUCCACCGGAUCUCAGCGACCUUCCUCUCGGGACGGCGUUUCUGCGGCUCGCCAGCCAAUGCGGAUCCCCACCGCGAAAGCCACCACUACUUUGCAGCGACCGGAAAGUCGCAAGGGCACGACUCGAGAAGAGCAAGCCGACUCGCUCGCCGCGACUCCCACGCGCCCCUCGUAUCAGCCUUCAUUCCUCGACUUUGCCUCGCUCCCGCGGGAACCUCAUCCUUCACUGGUUGAUGGUGCAUGUGACGGGGAUGGCCUCGUCCACUCCGCCAACUUGAGCCCUAACGCUCUCGAGUCCAAUCAGGCGCCCAGUCUGGUGAGCGACGAUGAGGAUGACUAUGAGGCUGCCUCCGAUUCAGAUAGCCCGAGCUCCUCUGAGGCCGAUGAGGAAGAACAGGAGUUCCGCCAUAUCGAGGUUGAGGAUGAUGAGCGCGCUGGUGCCCCGUCUACCGCCGCUGCCCCCGAACCCAAGUCCGGUCCUGCUCUCGCAGACCCUCGAUCUCAGACGACUGCCCCGAUUCCCAAGCCGCCCAAGCACAACCGCAAAAGGUUCACCAUGAGCUCAGGACUCGGUGAUGCCAAGGCCGAUGACUUGCAACUCAAAGGUGAUGGUCAACAUGGGCAUGCGGACAAGAACAACACCCGACCCUCUCACUGA